AUGGGAGGGAACUAUGCUCUUAGCAUCAACAUGUUCGAAGAUCCCAAUACCAAGAACCCCGGUAAAAGAGGGUGUGUUAGAAACAACGUCGACACAGUCAACAUGGAGAAAAAAAGGGGACUUUGGGACUCCGACGAGCAUGAGGGUACCUCUAAAGACGCAAGUGCAAAGUGUGGAGAGUCAACAAAGAAGGUCGUGGAUGAGAUCUUGGGCUUUGAUGCGGGCCUCUGGAACGAACUCUCCGAUCUCUCGAAUCUCCACAGGCACUAG